GGACACUCGUGGUUUCUCCUUUCCCUCUGAAUCUCGCGACUUAUUUGUAUUCACAAUGGCAAUAGCAAAUGGAAAUGGUGCCGGGACGGUGCAGGUGGUUCUGGGAUCUAUGGAAAGGGCGGAUGAAUAUCAAACUCUUCUCACGUCUCUCAAAGAGUCAGGGGGUCAUGUGAGGGGUGAGAUGGUUGACCGUGUGCUUGAUAAUGCGACUUCUUUACCCUCUCCGCCCCUGACUAUCCACUUAGUCCUCCCUUUCCCCCUGCCUCCGUCUCUCUUACCCGUCAUACCACCCUCCACUCAAGUCUUUAUUCACCUACCUCAUCCCGUACCUACAGAGAAAGAAUUAUCCACUCUCCAUUCUUCACUUGCUAGCCGAUCUUUCAUUCCCCUUCUUCCUACCCCUUCAACCGAUAUCUUAGCUUACACGUCUCCUUCUACCCCCUCCCUACCUCAAAUAACCUCCAUUCCAGCUCCUCUCGCCAAACCGAUCAGUCUCAAGAGGUCCUCAGACCGUACGAAGAAAGCUGCCAUUUGGGCAUUAGACUCACCUCUCCUGGCCGACGGCGGAAGAUCUCUUCUCACUCCUGAAGAUAAACAGAGACCUAUAUGUGUGUUCCCCGCGGCCGAUGGAAAACCUUUGAAGAGAAGGAGAGCAUGUAAAGAUUGUACUUGUGGUUUGGCAGAGCUGGAAGCUGAAGAAGAGGCCAAAGCGUCAGCGGCUGUGCGUGAGGCUCAAAAGGCGUUUUUCUUGGAAGGGGAUGAUGAUAUUCCCGACAGUAUAAAAGUCGCUACUGAAGGAAUGGAAGGGAUUUGGCCACAGGAGAAAAGGGCGGAAGCGAAGAAGACUAGUAGUUGUGGAAGCUGUUAUCUAGGAGAUGCGUUCAGAUGCUCUAGUUGUCCUUAUCUGGGCUUGCCGCCAUUUAAACCAGGCGAAAAGGUUCAACUCUCCAUUGCGGAUGAUAUCUGAACCACCUAGGUCUGGGGAAGAUUCCCUGUUGCACUUCGAACAAUACAUUUCCGAGGGGUCGUCAUGUUUGUAGCACCUGUAUCUCUCCUCACAAGUGCAGCUCAUUCACAGCUACGCUCUAGAAAGAUCAUCCAUGCAUAUUGUAUGAGAAU